GCCCGAGGCAGACACAAUGAGGUUAUUUUUAAACAUACAGCAUCUUACAAAGGGUUAAGAGGAAGGCGCGACUGACACUGUGGUUUACACCACAAAGUUGAAAUUCAAGCUAACAAUGUCUUGUAUAUUUUGCUUUAGAAACAGAAGAUUUAGGAGAAUGAAGAUAGCUUCGUUCAAUGCCAGACGCUUUGGGAUAAAGAAAUGUCAAGACUCCAAAGUUUUCACGACUAUCACACAGAUCGUCUCUCGUUAUGACAUCAUUGUGCUUUUGGAAGUUUUUGAUUCAAAGGAAAAAGCCGCAAAAAAGCUUGUUGAACAGUUAAAUAGUAGCUGCACUGAAAGUGCGUGUUAUAAUUACGUUCUGAGCAAACCUUUGGGAAGGAAUGAGUAUAAGGAACAAUAUCUCUUUGUCUACAGGGAGGAUUUGGUUAAAGUUAAGGAGGUCUAUCAGUAUGCAGACAUGCAGCAUGGAGACGAGGAUGCUUUUGCACGUGAACCUUUUAUCGUCAGAUUUGGAUCAAAGAUGACUGCCGCAAAAGAUUUUAUCAUAAUUCCAGUGCACACCACUCCCAAAGACUCAGUUCAUGAAAUCGAUGAGUUGUACGAUGUUUACCUUGACGUUAAAGAGAAAUGGGGAACUCAGAACAUAAUACUCUUGGGAGACUUCAAUGCUGAUGGAGCCUAUGUUUCAAACAAGAAAAUGAAGACAAUAAGACUGAGAACAGAUAUUAAUUUCCAUUGGUUAAUUAGCGAUGACAUCGAUACUACGGCCACCAACACUACAGACUGCUCUUAUGACAGAAUUGUUGUUCAUAAGGAUCUGAUAAACGACAUUGUCCCAAAUUCAGCCAAGUCCUUCAAUUUCCAGGUGGAAUAUAAACUUACAGAUGACGAGGCCCUGGCAGUUAGUGAUCACUACCCCGUUGAGGUGGAGCUAAAGCCAGCGAAAGGAAAAACAUCAAAAAAAUAAAAUUUUUACAUGAUCGGGAUGUGCUAAAGAAACAAAAGGGGAGAAAAAAAGAAAAAGAAAACCAGUGACAUUAUUUUAAUAAAAAAUAUGCAAAUCUUUUUUUAACAAA